AACAUUAUUAUUCUCCGUUUUCGAAAUAAUAUAUGUCGGUGCAUUUGAAAAGGAUAUAUCAUAUCAGCAAUUAAUUUUGACUAAAUUUGUGAUUAUCAUGGAGUAAGUAUUUUCCAAACCCCAAUUUGGUUUAAUUUGUUUAUUUGUGAUAUUUAUGAAUGAUGAUUCACUCACAACCAAUCAUUCCGCUACGCGUCCAAUCAUUGUGUACCAUAUUUUUACUAAAUUACAGUAGAAAUCCUCUGUUUUUUCAAAUUCAAUAGUUUCUACCAAUUUCUCCGCACCUCACAAAUCCACAAAACCACUCAACGCUGCAAAAAAAUCAGUUGCGAAUUUAGGGUUCUCGAUCAAAAUCAGCAGCUGUAUAUUAUCUCGCAUACUGCAAUCGAAUUGAGCUUUGAGUAAAUAAGCUGUUAAACCCUCGAGAUUAGAAAUUCACUGCAAAUCAAUGGCCGCCGGCAACAACGGCACAGCCGCAAGCAAAUCUCUGAAAUCGCCGAAGCAGAAGGAGCUGCAGGGGCUGCUAUUAGACCGGUACGACGUCGGAAAGGUCAUCGGCCACGGGACCUUCGCGAAGGUGUACCACGCGAGGAACGUGAAGACAGGUGAGGGGGUGGCGAUAAAGGUCACCGACAAGGAGAAGAUCUUGAAGGUCGGUCUAAUGGCGCAUAUCAAGCGCGAGAUCUCGAUCCUGCGGCGCGUCCGCCACCCAAACAUCGUGCAAUUGUUCGAGGUGAUGGCGACCAAGUCAAAGAUCUUCUUCGUGAUGGAGUUCGUCAAGGGCGGCGAGCUCUUCAGCAAGGUGGCCAAGGGCCGCCUCAAGGAGGAGGUGGCGCGGAAGUACUUCCAGCAGCUGAUCUCCGCGGUGGCGUUCUGCCACGCCCGCGGCGUCUACCACCGCGAUUUGAAGCCGGAGAACAUCCUCCUCGAUGAGGACGGCAACCUCAAGGUCUCCGACUUCGGAUUGAGCGCGAUUCCUGAGCAGAUUAAGCAGGACGGGCUGUUCCACACUUUCUGCGGCACGCCGGCCUAUGUGGCACCGGAGGUUCUGUCGAGGAAAGGGUACGACGCCGCCAAGGUCGAUAUCUGGAGCUGUGGUGUGAUCUUAUUCGUUCUAAUGGCCGGCUACUUGCCGUUUCAUGAUCAAAAUGUGAUGUUUAUGUAUAAGAAGAUUCACAAGGGGGAAUUCCGGUGCCCUAGAUGGUUUUCACCCGAAUUGAUUCGUUUACUAACUCGAUUGCUUGAUAUCAAUCCCGAAACUAGGAUUACCAUACCGGAAAUUAUGGAGACUAAGUGGUUCAAGAAGGGGUUUAAGCAUGUGAAAUUCUACAUUGAGGAUGAUAAGUUAUGUAGUCUUGAUUCCUGUGAGAAUGAGACUGAUGAGUUUGGUGCGCCUGAUCAUUCAUUGUCUGAAUCGGAGUCUGAGUUGGAGAGUAGGCGGAAGAUCACCACCCUCCCUAGGCCGGCUAGCUUGAACGCAUUUGAUAUCAUCUCCUUUUCGCGUGGCUUUGAUCUGUCGGGGUUGUUUGAUGAAGGAUCGGAUGGGGGGGCGAGGUUUGUCUCAGGGGCCCCAGUGUCGACUAUCAUAUCAAAGUUGGAGGAGAUUGCCAAGGUUGUGAGCUUUGCAGUGAGGAAGAAGGAUUGUAGAGUGAGUUUAGAGGGGUCGAGGGAUGGUGUGAAGGGCCCAUUGACAAUUGCAGCUGAGAUAUUCGAGCUAACGCCUUCUUUGAGAGUGGUUGAGGUCAAGAAAAAGGGAGGUGAUAGGCAAGAAUAUGAGGAUUUUUGCAACACUGAACUCAAACCGGGAUUGCAGAGUCUUAUUACGGCAGAAAAUGGUGUGAAUUCUUCUUACUUGCCUUCAGACACUGAAUAGGAGGGGAAGAAGGCGUAAAACGAGUACGCCUUUUUUAUUCUCCAUUUUUCUUUUUGUAAAAUGGUUUUUCUUUUGCUUUUUCUACCAUGGAUAUACUUGUGUUUUUGGUAGUAGUUGUUACUAUAAUUUUAAAUCUUUUGUGUUGGAGUAGAGAUGUUUCUGAUAUUCUUAAAUGGGAAUGAAUGAAUACACUACUCUUGGCCUUGA